UGGAAAAGGACAUUUCGUCCACUUAAAGAGGAUUUGAAGGUGUCUUAUAUUAUUAUGAUUGUGUUCCUGAUUGUGCUGUGCGUCACGGAUGGAGUCCUGGCUCAGAUCCGGUACUCCGUGCCGGAGGAGGCGGACCACGGCACCUUGGUGGGCAAUAUCGCUGAGGACCUGGGACUGGACCUGACCAAGCUGGCAUCACGCCACUUCCAAGUCGUGCCCAGCUCUCGAACGUCGUACUUGGAAGUGAACUUGGAAAACGGAGUCCUCUUCGUCAACGAGAAGAUCGACCGAGAGCAGAUCUGCAAGCAGAGCGCCAGCUGCCAGCUCAACAUGGAGGUGUUUCUGGAGAACCCCCUGGAGCUCUUCCGCGUGGAGAUUGAAGUGGCAGACAUUAACGACAACCCGCCCAGCUUCCCAGAGGCGGACAUCACGGUGGAGAUCUCCGAGAGCGCCACGCCGGGCACGCGCUUCCCGCUGGAGAGCGCCUUCGACCCAGACGUGGGCAGCAACUCUUUACGCACGUACGACAUCACCACCAACAACUACUUCCACCUGGACGUGCACAGCCAAGCGGACGGGACAAAGUUCGCCGAGCUGGUGCUGGAGAAGCCGCUGGACCGAGAGCAGCAGGCGGCUCACAGGUACGUGCUGACGGCGGUGGACGGCGGCCAGCCUCCGCGUACCGGAACUGCGCUGCUGGUCGUCAAAGUUUUGGACUCCAACGACAACGUGCCCGUCUUCCAGCAGCCUGUUUACACUGUGGCGCUUGCCGAGAACGCGCCCGCGGGCACGCUGGUCAUCCAGCUAAACGCUACCGACAUGGAUGAGGGUCUGAACGGAGAUAUAGUUUACUCCUUCAGCAAUCACAUCUCUAAUCGGGUCAAAGACCUGUUCAGCAUUGACCCACGCACAGGGCGCGUGGAAGUGCGUGGGGAGGUGGACUUUGAGGAGAGCAGCCUCUACCAGAUCUUUGUCCAGGCCAAGGACAUGGGACCAAAUGCCGUUCCCGCACACUGCAAGGUCCUGGUCACCAUCACAGACUUGAACGACAACCCACCAGAGAUCACCUUCAGCACCGUCACCGAGUCUGUGAGUGAAAAGGCGCCGCCCGGCACUGUCAUUGCUUUGCUGAGCGUGACAGACCUGGAUGCUGAAGACAACGGACAGAUCAGCGUGGAGAUCCUUGGCGACGUCCCCUUCAAGCUGAAAUCGUCGUUUCGGAAUUAUUUCACCAUUGUGACGGAUGGGCUGUUAGACAGGGAGCUGGCAGACUCCUAUUCGGUGACAGUGGUCGCCCGGGAUAAAGGCUCGCCCUCAAUGGCCACCAGCAAGUCCAUCAGAGUCCAAGUGUCCGACGAGAACGACAAUGCCCCCACGUUCUCACAAAGCAUAUACGACGUGUAUGUGACGGAGAACAAUGUGCCGGGUGCAUACAUUCACGCUGUGACGGCUUUGGACCCGGACGUAGGGCAGAACGCCCUCAUUAGUUAUUCCAUACUUGAGUGUGACAUCCAGGGCAUGUCCGUCAAAACCUAUGUGUCCAUCAAUGAGGAGACAGGCUACCUCUACGCCCUCAGGUCCUUUGACUACGAACAACUGAAGGAUUUCACGUUCAUGGUUCAGGCUAAAGACGCAGGCACCCCGGAACUGUCCACCAACGCCACCGUCAAAGUCAUCAUUGUGGACCAGAACGACAACGCCCCCCUCGUGUUGGCCCCGGUGGGGAAGAACGGCACCGCUGAGGAGCCUCUACCCCGCUCGGCCGAGCCCGGUUACCUGGUGACGCGCGUGGUGGCGAUGGAUGCGGACGACGGCGAGAAUGCCAGGCUCUCCUACAGCAUCCGGAGGGGCAACGAAAACGGGAUGUUCAGGAUGGACUGGAGGACGGGGGAACUCCGCACGGCGAGGCGGGUGUCAGCGAAGCGAGAUCCUCACCGGUUGUACGACCUUCUUGUUGAGGUUCGAGACCACGGUCAGCCUCCGUUGUCCUCCAGCGCCGGUGUGCUGGUGGUAUUGGUGGACAGUGUGGCGGAGGGUCGAGGUGUGGGCGUCAGAGGAAGUGGCGCCAAGGCCAAAGAAAGCAGCCUGGACUUGACGCUCAUCCUCAUCAUUGCCUUGGGCUCUGUCUCCUUCAUCUUCCUGCUGGUCAUGAUUGUGCUGGCAGUGCGAUGUCAGAAGGAGAAAAAGCUCAACAUAUACACCUGCAUGACCAGCGACUGCUGCUUGGGGUCUUGUUGCUCACGUCAGGGCCGGGCCCGCAAAAAAAAGCUCAGCAAGUCUGACAUCAUGCUGGUGCAAAGCGCUGUGAACGUCAGCGGGGCAGGUACAGUCCAAGUCCCCGUGGAGGAAUCAGGGAGCUUUGGCUCCAGCCAUCCAAACCAGAACUAUUGUUACCAGGUAUGUCUGACUCCUGAGUCUGCCAAAACCGACCUCAUGUUCCUAAAGCCGUGUAGUCCAUCUAGGAGCACAGGCCCCGACCACAGCCCAUGUGGGGCCUUGGUGAGCGAGUACACGGACCAGCAACCUGACAUUAUAUCCAACGGCAGCAUAUUAUCAAACGAGGCCAGACACCAGCGAGCAGAGCUCAGCUACCUGGUUGACAGACCGAGACGAGUUAACAGCUCGGCAUUCCAGGAGGCGGACCUGGUCAGCUCCAAAGACAGUGGCCAUGGAGACAGCGAGCAGGGAGACAGUGACCACGACGCCACCCAUCGAGGCAUUUCCACUGGUGCUGAUAUGUUCUCCAACUGCACAGAGGAGUGCAGGGCUCUGGGCCACUCUGAUCGCUGCUGGAUGCCGAGCUUCAUGCCCACCGAUGGGCGGCAAGGCCCGGACUACCGUAGCAACCUCCACGUGCCGGGUAUGGACUCAAUGCCGGACACAGAGCGAGGAAAAGGGUUUGCUAGCUCUUUUCGUGUUGACAUUUCGGACACUGCGUGACUUUGCACAAUCGCCCCCCCCACCAGAAAUAAAGACGGUCCUCGCCGGCAAGGAAAAACAAUGACAAAACGAGGACAGUUGACUAGAUGACCCGCUCCUUCAUCUUUAAUCUGCUGGAAUUCUGUGGAGAAACAGCUUCGGGGGGCGGGGGCCGGUCUUGGGAUAAGGAGACAGUCGGACACGGAGGAGGGAAAGGACGGCUUCAGGCUGCUUGAUAAAUGGCCUUACUGAGAGGACUUUAUCUCAGCAGGACUGAGAAAGUCCAACAAACAAUGGAUGGACGUCAGUGGCAGACAAAUGAAAUCUCUCACAUGUUUUCCAAUGUUUAGUGUGCCUGUUUACAGCACUGAUGUACAUCUUUAUACACACAUAAGCCACCACGGAGCCCUUUAGGACAAUGUCCGCAGAGACGCCAAACUGUACAGGAGAUUCUACGUGCAUUUUUCAAUGCUUUUCCAUUUUUUUUCUAUUCUGUUUUGUGCUCAGGUGUUUUGUUUUCAUCUGCUUCCAACUUGUGGGGAAAAAAAAAAUUAGAACAGAAUGUGUUGACCAUGUUUUCUUUUAACCCAUAAGAAACCCAUAAGAAUAUUUAGAAUUCAAAUGGAAAUGACUCCUUAUUCAUGUGAAAGAUGUGUGAUGUUUUAUACGUAUGUUACAAUGUUCAUGAUAAAUGUACUCUUAACUCGGCACGUGUUUGUGUGGCACAAAUGUGCUUUGAAUCGGGCCAUUCCGCCGACUCGGUGCCGUUUGCUUGUUGUACCUAAAUUUCUGUCUUUUUUCGACUAUAAAUAUGAUAAUGCACACGUUGAACGACUCGAAAUGUGUAUUGGGCCAUCUCAGGCAAGUUUAUUUCUUUUUUUUUCACAGGUUUCCUAAGCCAAGGUGAUUCAUUUCAGUAACAGGACAGAAAGUAACAGGAGUGGCUUUUCAGCACACAUUUAGCAAAUACAGUCCUCCCACACAAUAUCGUGGUUCGAUCGUCGCUACCUUGCUAUAGCUCGCUUUUUCAGAAAUGAAUUAAUAAAUGAUCACUGUUUCGUGGUAGACUAUGAUCUAUUAUUAGUAAAAACAUAAUAUAAGUCAUAUGUAUUCUGGUCACAAGGUGGCAAUAACGACUCCCAACAUUUAUGAGAUAUUACCUUACAUUGCAUUACCUUAACACCGCAUGAAGUCAGGCAGGACAUGUCCGACAUGAUAGAGUGGGAAAAAGUUCUCUCAUUCCAUGUGGAAAUGGUACAUUUUUGGCUUCUUAAGUUAAGAAGAAAUAAAAAACGCGAGACUAAAUGGUUAGCUCACUAGCUUGCAAGCUAGCGGCCUUCUCGGGUCCCUGUAGCAUAAGAACUGAGGAAUGUGAUGUAAACGAUGAUUUAUAGAAGUAUAAAGUUGACAACUGGCAUGUUGUUUCAUGUCUACAGGGCUCUAAUAAUGUUAAAAAACAUAUUUUCGCUCUAACAGCGAAAGUAUUGAAUUUAUUAACACUGAAUCCUUUGCCGCGGAAAUUCAUUCAUCGUGGUUGGGUCUGGAACCAAUUCAUCGCUAUACCUGAGGGACAACUGUACGUGAAAUGUUGCCAUUUAUGCUAAUAUUGACGCAUAUUGACACUAAAAAUAAAAAAAAUAACAUUAAAAAAUAAUUAAGGUAAAAAAUAAUUUCGGUAACAGGACUUGUGUGAGAUUUGAACCCUCCCUUCCCAGUCAUAGUUGAAGUAUCAUCGAAUAUACAGAAAAUAAAUGAAGGAACCUACUUUUGUCUGUGCCAUGGCCUGCAGAAGAUGUGAAUGUUAAAUUAGUAUAUUUCAUGGUAAAGUCUCAAUUUCUGUCUUUUUUUCAACUUGAAAUUUGAUAACACAUGUUGAACUACUCAAAAUGUGUAUUGGACUAUCUCAGGCAACUUUAUUUUAUUUUUGUGCAGGUUUCCUCAGUCAAGAUGACUCAUUAAAGUAAGUGAGUUUUUAGCAUAGAAUUAGCCAACACAUGAAAUAUAGCCACAUGGCAUUUAUGCUAAUAGCACGUUGACACUAAAAAUAAACAACAUUUAAAAAAUAAUGUAGGUAAGAGGACUGUGCUGACAUUUUACAUUUAGAUUUUGUUUUUUGGUAAUGUUUUUACAGUUCAUUUUUAUUGUGAUGCAAAUGGCAUUGAUUCAGUGGAAUGGUACAUACAUUGAUUGAAAACCAUUGAAAGAGAGACAUUUAUUGAGUUGUCUCAUUAGCAUUUUUGCUAUGGUGACAAAUAUGACAGGUCAGGCUUUCCAUUGCAAUGUGAAGGCUAAAAGCCCGAUUGUGAUAUUUGCCUAGCUUGUUUUCUAUGAAUCCAUUCAAUAAAUAUAGGUAAGAUGAGUUAAACUGUAUUUGACACCCUAUUAAAGCAUUGCAGUUGUUAAAUUGAUUUAAAAUGAGCUUUCAUGGUAAAAAAAAAAAAUAAAAAUAAAAAAAAACUUGGGGAAAUGAGCUAGCUUACGAGACACACUGCCAUUUUGGGGAAGCCAUAUCUGGAAUAGUCACAUGACAGCCACUCCUAGAUGUUUUCUAUAUAUCACUGAGGGACUGGACGAGUUCAAGUGAAGCACAAAGCUGUAUAGGACACAUUUUUACCACAUUUAAAGUCUUUUUAUGGCUUCUUAUGGGUUAUGUAUUUUUUUUGGUUUUUGCGCCAUCACAUUUGUGGGCUUGAAGCAUCUAGUUUCUAUCAUGUGUGAGAAGUGUUGAUUACUGUACUCUUUUAAAAAGGUAAAUAUAAAAGUCUAUCUAUAAAUUUAUCUGUAUCUACUUGUUAUGGAGGCGUGUUAUCUGGGUUUCAAAUUUGGAUUGAAAUUGUUUUGAAGCCCCCCUAAUGGCGGCUGGUUCUUCUGCGAAAGACAGAGACUGAAUGGCCUUAGCAGAUGUGAAACUUCUUCUGGGACAUGUUUCAUAACUUCUUUUCCACCUUUAGAUAUGAUCAAGCGUGUAUAAAACUGAGACAGCAGCUGAAAAUUCAUGGUAAUUCUGUGUCAUUGUAAUGAAAAUGUUAAUAGUUAUUUUAUAAACGGAAAAACACUACGCAUUCGGAUCCAGGAUACUCACUUCUCUUUUUUCCACACGCCACGACCACAAAAACAACAACUAUUCCAACAAUAAAGAGAAAAAUGGUUGUAAAGAAAUGUGUCGCAUUUCAUGAUUUCACAUUUCAGGAGUUCAUGUACUAAAACGAAUUCUGUUAAACAAUUCAUCUGCAGUUUUACGGCUGCGAUUAUUAUCGGAGUCAAUUAAUCUGAAAAUUGUGUCAAUUAAUCGAGUAAUUGGUUCCGCCCUAGACGGACAAAAUUGAUAUGAACCAAACACGGUUCAUUAUUUAUAUCAGAAAAGAGACAAAAAUGUUGAUUUGACACUGUUUUCCAAAGUCAAAGAGUGUGUGAAUAUCUUGGUUUGCCUAAAACACGAAGAUAGCAGGUCUGCUUUCAUGGACGACAAAGGAAAUGACAAAAUAUUCACAUUUGAGAGGCUGAAAUCAGAGGAUAUUUCCAAAAAAAUUCCUAAAUAGUUGUCGAUUAACUGGAAAAUGGAUUCACAGUAUCAUCGAUUAGUUGUUGCAGAUCUAUGCAGUUCCUAUUGUCUUGUUAUAACCAUCCAGCUCCAUCAGGACAUUCAGAGUAACAUUUUUCACAUCCCAAAAAUGUUCACUUUCCCUAAAAUUCCUCAUUUUCCAUAUGCAAAUUCUCUUUGACCAUGGGAAUUUGUGCUAAUUUCACAUUUCUCAAAGUAUUCAAACCAUUCCAAUAUUUUGCUCCUUCCGGACAAGGUGGUUAUCUAUUGAAAGUCCCAGUUUUCCCUGAAUUUUCCAGCUCACAAUUUCUCAUUGGAAUGAAUGUAAUUUUUUCAAGAUUUUUCAAGCCAUUCCAAAACAUUCUGGCUAACAAACAUUCAAAAAAUUCUCCCUUUUCCCGUAACUCCAUUUCAGUCGAGCUUCAGCUCUUUGGCAUUCACACAGUUUCUACGCAAAUUUUCUUCUUAAGUUAUUAUUUUUCUUUUCACUCUGACCCACAUACUCCUUGGUAUGAGACAGAGAGUAAAUAAAUGUUUCAAAAAGCCAUGACAAUUUUCCUAAUAUUAAUACAGUGAAACCUUGCUUAGCUGAUGCUAGCGUGUUUUUCGGUUAAUGUCGAAAAUUUAGGGCCAAAUUUUGCCUUGGUUUGCGUACAUUUUCCGGUUAGUGUACAAUAUUUUACGUGCCUUGUCAUGUUAUACAUACAUUGCGUGAGUCCAACUGCAUUUUUAAUGUAUUUUUAUCACAGAAGGACCUUGUUAGCUGCUUGCUAAUACAUUGAAACAGGAACCGUAUGCCUGCUCCGUCGCCCGUCUAUGAUGUCAUCAGUGGUUGACUCUGUAGUUCAUUGCUAACCAACACAGUCUCAAUACUGUUAAAACAAAACAUGUUAUGCUAGUUUUACAGUAAUAGUUUUCCAUGCAUAAAACAAUUCUAAAUGCAUAUACAUGAGGAAUAAAAGGGAUAAAUGAACAUUUAGGGUUACUUUUACCUUAAUUGAAUACGUGAUUGUUGCCAAAGACGCAAUGUGACCGCAAGAUAACACGGACACCAGCUUUAUGAUUUGCCGCGAGUUAUUUCUUGAAUUUAAUAUCGUUUCUCACCAUUUUCAUCAAAAUGCUGAGACUUGCAAAUAUCAUUUUGCUCCACUUUGGCCAAAUAAAAGCAGAGACUUGAGGUGCACGUAUGAAAACCUUCAUUUUUCUUUAGUACGAGUAAAUAAGAACAAAUAAGAUGGAAAAGAAAAACAUAUGUUCAUUAGAUUUUCAGCAGUCCAAUGCACGCUUCAAAUGAAGUGUUGAUUAUUAGACCACAACACAGCAGGGAGCCUGACCUGUUCCACUACAAAAAUCAAGAAAAUCGAUGCUGACACACUUCAUAAUCCUCUCAUUCCUUUUUGACAAUACUUGAGGAUUGAGGGGAUCUUUUUAUCUGUCUGAAACACAUGUAGCACCAGUAGAUUACACUAUUAGCAGAUGGCAAGCAACUACUUUUUUUUUGUCAUGAAAUGUGUUUGUCGGUUUGUCGGAGCGUUGCUUAUGUCACCGAACUGCUCUGUGCUGUAUCCCUGCCGCUGCACUGCAGCAAUUAUUAUUAUUUCGACGACGUCACAAGCAAUGCUCUGACAAACCAAGGAACUAAAUAGACGGGUAACUCAAAUAAGAAGCAGGUGCGAGAGAAAACAAAAGCAGGGAAACACAGAACAAGGAAGAAACGUGAGUAAUACCAAAAUAAGGGUAUGAAACAGGAACUAAGAGUCAUGUAGGGGAAGGGGAAACCCUCCAAACCGCAUUUGCUGUCACCGUAAUAAAUGAAGUAAUUAGGCCCGCAAACUGCAGUUGCGAUCGGUCCGCAAGCAUGAUUAUAUGUUAUUAUAUUUCCCAAUCACUUUAAUUGGUCACGGGUCCGUAAAGGACCAUCAGUGGGUCCGGACCCGGACCGAGGUCCGUCAUUUGGUGAUGGCUGUGAUAUGAUACGAUAUGUUGGGAAGCAGCCACUGUAAUUGAAGAGGCUCCCAGCAGAACUGCUCCACCAGAACAGGCACACCAGACAACCGUCGCUCCAACACAUACACCUGUACAAGGAUCAACAGAUCCCGCUUCCACCUACCCCGCAAGGUUUAAAAUAUCCCUCACCAACUCCCGAGAAAGUUGGAGGUAUGCAUCAUGUUUUGAAAGACUUCCGGGCUUCAGAGUAAAGCAAUAAUUUGCCGACAGAGUUUGAUAGGUUGUUGGUUGCUGAAUCAACACCUUAACAUGGUGGAGGAGUUUGUGUGUCCCAGUGAUCCUAGGAGGUUAGUUGUCAGGGGUUUCAUGCCCCUGGUAGGGUCACCCACCCCACCCUGGGCCACAGUUCGAUGAUGGACUUUGCAGUCGUGUCGUCCGACUUGCAGCCACGUCUUGGACACUCGGCUGAAGAGUUGUGAGGCGCUGUCAACCGAGUUGGCUCCGGUGGUAGGGGAGGAUGCCGGUCAGACAUGACAGGCUCAAACGCAUUGUGAGGGUCUGCUCGGAACGUCUGGCAGAGUCCCCUGUCAGAAGGAGUGUCAACUCCCACCUUGGGAGGAGCUUCAACCAUGUUCCGAGGGAGGCGGAGUCUGAGCGGGCCAUAUUCUGUGCCUCCAUUGUUGAGGCGGCUGAUCGGAGGUGUGGAUGUAAGGUGGUCGGUGCUUGUCGUGGUGGUAAUCCCAGAACUGGUGAGGGAUGCCGUCAAGCUGAAGAAGGAAUCCUAUUGGGGCUUUUUGGCCCGUUGGUCUGCAGCACUGUGGAGGAAAUUUUGGCCCACUCAUCUUUGUAGAAUUGUUGUAAUUCAGCCACAUUGGAGGGUUUUCGAGCAUGAACCACCUUUUUAAGGUCAUUCCACAGCCUUUCAAUAGGAUUGAGGUCAGGAUGUUGACUAAGCCACCCCAAAGUCUUCAUUUUGUUUUUCUUCAGCCAUUCAGAGGUGGACUUUUGAGGUGUUUUUUGGAUCAUUGGGCUGCUGCAGAACCCAAGUUUGUUUCAGCUUGAGGUGACGAACAAAUGGCCAAACAUUCUCCUUCAGGAUUUUUUGAUAGACAGCAAAAUUCAGGUUCCAUUUAUCAUAGCUAGUCCUGUAGGUGCUGAAGCAGAAAAACAGCCCCAGAACAUCAGACUACCGCCACAAUAUUUUACUUUUGGUAUGAUGUUCUUUUUAUCAAAUUCCGGCAUUACAUUUACGAGUAGUUCUUUGGAUGUUGUUAUGGUGUCUUUUGUGACCUCUUGUAUGAGUCAUGGCUGCGCUCUUGGGGUAAGUCUGGUUGGCCAGCCACUCGUGGGAAGGUUCACCGCUGCUCCAUGUUUUUGCUAUUUGUGGAUGAUGGUUCUCACUAGUGAUAUCUAUUUAUAUACAUACAUACAUACAUACAUACAUACACAUACAUACAUACAUACAUACUGUACAUACAUACAUGUACACAUAUAUACCUACAUACUGUAUAUACAUACAUACAUACAUACAUACAUACAUACAUACAUACAUACAUACAUACAUACAUACAGUACAUACAUACACACAUACAUACAUACAUACAUACAUACAUACAUACAUACAUACAUACAUAAAUACAGUAUAUACAUAUAUACAUACAUACAUACAUACAUACAUACAGUACAUACAUACAUACAUACAUACAUAAAUACAGUAUAUACAUAUAUACAUACAUACAUACAUACAUACAUACAUAUAUACAUACAUACAUACAUACAUACACAUACAUACAUACAUACACAUACAUACAUACAGUACAUACAUACAUACAUA